AUGGCGCUACGUAUUGCUCCUGUUCACAGCCGCUUCCCCCCUUCGGACAUUGUCCCGUGGACCCGCUCCACCGGGCAAACUGACGACCGAGGGCAAUUAGAGCGCAGAUGCGGGAUUCGAUAUCGUCCGAGAGACACGAAGACACUGGACAGAGGCUGGGCGGCGUGGGGUGGUUUGCUUUAUUUGGUGGGGUAG